AUGGUAUUCACGGAUGAUAUCUUCGCGAGAAGAAGUUGGAAUACAGCAGAAGCUGAGACAGAGACAGAGCGAGCAGAAACAACCUUUACACGAAGCCCACAAAGCAACACUGAAGAGAACCAGGCCCCGAAGCCGAAGAAUCAGAUGAAAGGGCAGGUUGGGAUGUCGAUACGGGCCGAGUCCUGUGACUACGGGCCGAGACCUGUGACUGGCGUCGACCGGUAG